AUGGCGGGCGCGGGCAGCUCCAAAGAUGUAGCCGACUCGGUGGAGAAGUGGAUGGCGUUCCCGUCCGGGUCCGGGUCCGGCGAGGAGACCAGCUUCACCCUCCCGACGCCGCCGUCGCUGUCCAGCGGGAAGGAGAUCGUCGAGGAGCCGGGCGGUUCAGGCAGCGGCAGCAAGCCGCAGGGGUGGUGGCCCAAGCCGGAGCAGCGGCGCCGCAGCAGCAGCGGCACCGGCAUGGGCAGCGCCAAGCCGUCCAUGGAGGGGCGCGGGUCGUCCGACGCGCUGCCGCGGGUGUCGCAGGAGCUCAAGGACGCGCUGUCCAACCUGCAGCAGACGUUCGUCGUCUCCGACGCCACCCGCCCCGACAUCCCCAUCAUCUACGCCAGCGCCGGCUUCUACACCAUGACUGGGUACUCCGCCAAGGAGAUUAUCGGACGCAACUGCCGGUUUCUUCAGGGCCCGGAGACGGACCAGAACGAGGUGUCCAAGAUCAGGGACGCCGUGAAGGCCGGCAAGAGCUUCUGCGGCCGGCUGCUCAACUACCGCAAGGACGGCACGCCGUUCUGGAAUCUCCUCACCGUCACCCCCAUCCGCGACGACAACGGCAAGGUCAUCAAGUUCAUCGGGAUGCAGGUGGAGGUGAGCAAGUACACGGAAGGGCUGAGCGACAAGCGCAUGCGGCCGAACGAGCUGCCGGUGUCGCUCAUCCGCUACGACGACCGGCAGAAGGAGAAGGCCAUGUCGUCGAUGACGGAGGUCGUGCAGACAGUGAAGCACCGGCGCGCGGACUCGCCGGAGCGGGAGCCGCCCAAGGCCAGCGACGCGGACAAGAUCAGCUCGCCGCUCGUGGCUCCUGCCACCCCGUCCGGCGGCGGUUACAAGUCGCCCUACUGGGACCUGAAGAAGGAGGAGUCACGGAUGAGCAAGAUGAUGAGCGGGCGCAAGUCCGGCCGCUCCUCCCUCAUGGGAUUCAAGGUGGGGAAGAGGAGCUCCGUGGGGAGCAGGGAGCCGGCGGUGGUGGAGGCGCCGGAGUUGAAGAUGACGGUGGAGCGCACCAACAGCUGGGAGCGCGCGGAGAGGGAGAAGGACAUCAGGCAGGGGCUGGACCUCGCCACCACGCUCGAGCGUAUCGAGAAGAACUUCGUCAUCACGGACCCCAGGCUCCCAGACAACCCAAUUAUUUUCGCGUCUGAUAGCUUCCUGGAGCUGACGGAGUACACGCGCGAAGAGAUCCUAGGGAGGAACUGCAGAUUUCUUCAGGGGUCAGAGACCGACCAGACCACCGUUGACAAGAUCAGGGAGGCCAUCAGGGAGCAGAAGGAGGUCACCGUCCAGCUAAUUAACUACACCAAGAGCGGGAAGAAGUUCUGGAACUUGUUUCACCUGCAGCCUAUGUGGGAUCAGAAGGGGGAGCUUCAGUACUUUAUCGGCGUGCAACUUGAUGGAAGUGAUCAUGUUGAACCCCUCAGGAACCGACUCUCGGAGAACACUGAGAUACAAAGUGCCAAACUGGUCAAAGCUACAGCAGGGAAUGUGGAUGAAGCAGUCAGGGAGCUUCCUGAUGCCAACUUGAGACCAGAGGACCUGUGGGCAAUGCACUCACUAUCUGUUUCUCCAAAACCUCACAAACAGAAUAACUCUUCUUGGAAAGCUAUAGAAAAGAUUAUAGAAACUGGGGAGAAGAUUGGCUUGAAACACUUCAAGCCAGUUAAACCUCUGGGGUGUGGGGACACUGGCAGUGUACACUUGGUUGAGUUGCAAGGUAGUGGUGAAUUAUUUGCGAUGAAGGCAAUGGACAAAUCAGUGAUGUUGAACCGCAACAAGGUGCACCGAGCUAUUAUUGAAAGAGAAAUAUACUCUCUGUUGGAUCAUCCUUUUCUUCCAACAUUGUAUACUUCAUUUCAGACGCCAACACAUGUUUGUCUUAUAACAGACUUUUGUCCCGGAGGAGAAUUGUUUGCGGCACUGGAUAAGCAACCCUUGAAAAUUUUCAGAGAAGAUUCUGCAAGGUUUUAUGCUGCGGAGGUUGUAAUUGGUCUCGAGUAUCUUCAUUGUCUUGGUAUUAUAUACCGUGAUUUGAAACCAGAAAACAUUUUGCUCCAAGCCGAUGGGCACAUUGUGCUGACUGAUUUUGACCUCUCAUUUUUGACUUCUUCGAAACCCCAUGUUAUAAAGCAUUCAACAUCACUAAAACGAAGGAGAUCUCAAGAAUUUACGCCGCCUUCAUUUGUCUCGGAUCCUUCCACUCCAUCGAAUUCGUUUGUUGGAACUGAAGAAUACAUUGCACCAGAGGUCAUCACAGGUGCAGGACAUACAAGUGCCAUUGAUUGGUGGGCUCUUGGAAUUCUAUUGUAUGAGAUGCUGUAUGGGCGUACACCUUUUCGAGGAAAGAACAGGAAGAAGACAUUUUAUAACAUCCUGCACAAAGAUCUUACCUUUCCUAGUAGCAUCCCGGUUAGCCUGGAGGCGAAGCAACUAAUCCAUGGACUGCUUCAGAGAGAUCCCUCUUCUCGCAUAGGUUCAAAUACUGGUGCAAAUGAUAUCAAGGAACAUCCAUUUUUUGAAGACAUCUAUUGGCCACUUAUACGUUGCAUGAGUCCCCCGGAGCUUGAUGUUCCGUUGAAGCUGAUUGGCAAGGAAUCUCAACCAAAAGUGAAGCCCGAGGAAGGUGUUAUCGAUACAUUUUAG